AUGACCAAGAAGGAAUUUCUUGAAAAUGGAAAGCAUAUGAGUAAAAAGGUCCAAGUGAUCUGUUUGUGGUGGCACAAACUAGUCAUUGGCCAAGAGCUCCUCCAGAACCUGCCAAAUUGGAAAGUGAUUGUGAAUUCAGGAGUAGGAAUGGAUCACCUGGGUCUGAAACUUGUCACUAUCUUCGACAUGAAGAUGCCUAAUGCUCCAUGUGCUGUUUCCAGCAGCACAGCAGAUGCUGGGAUGGCUUUGCUGCUGGCAUCUGUGAGAAGACUAGUGGAAGGCUAUCCUGUAGCAAUUUCUGCAGGUAUGGAGCACAGUAAAGCAGAUUUUCUGGGAGUUGAUGUUACUGAAGCUACUCUGGGGAUCAUUGGCAUGGGCAGCAUUGGGUAUAUGAUUCCUCUGAGACCCAAAGCGUUUGAAAUGGACAUUUUGUACCACAACAGAACAAGGAGGAAAGAGCAGGAGGAGCAAGCUGUCGGUGCCACUUACUGUGCAAAGAUAGACAGCUUGCUCCAGCAGGCAGAUUUUGUGAUGGUGGUGGUGAGCCUGACACCUCAGACACGCAAGCUGGUUGGGAAGAGAGAGGUGAAGCUGAUGAAACCCACAGCUACUCUCGUGAACAUCAGCCGAGGUGCAGUAGUGGACCAAGGAUCGCCGGUGACAGCUCUGCAGAGUGGCGUUACCGGGGCCACAGCUCUAGAUGUCACCUGCCCGGAACCCCUGCCCAGAGAUAAUACAUUGUUAAAAUUAAAGAACAUCAUUAUAAUGCCUCACCUCGGCAUUGAAACAGACAAGGCCAUCUACACAAUAACAGAGGAAGCAGCUGAAAACAUACUAUCAGCUCUUAAAGGUCUCCCCAUACCCAGUGAAGUGCUCCCUAGAUGA